AUGGAUCUAAGAGCAAGAUCGGAUAGGACUCAAAUCACCUCUCUUCUAUAUGGAAACACUAUGUUCAGUAUUGAUAGUACUAUAAAAGUUAUGUGUAAGCAUUACUUAACAAUUCUUGAGCUCCCUUAUACUAUCAAAAAAGAUAUUCAUAGGAAGGAGGGGCGUCAUGGUACAACUACUAUAAUAAGACACCUUAAGACCUCUACUUGUUAA